AUGGAGAAGUCGCCGUUUGGCAGCGAAAAAGAAGGAGACGAACGCGAUGAUGGCGAAGGAGAUGGCGAACAUUCUGAAUGGAAGGCAAGGUUGAGGAAAAACAAGGAUAUUGUGAUUCGGCUUCCGCGAAGACCGGAGAAUAGGAAGCCAAUUACUGAAUGCCCUGUUUUUUGCUUAUCAUUCGCUGGAUGCGGAUUUCUCGGAACUUAUGAGUUUGGUGUUGCUCACGCAAUCGCGACUCAUGGAUCGGCGCUUUAUUCGCAAACUAUUCGAUUUGCUGGAACAUCUUCUGGUAGUCUUGUUGCCACUUUGAUGCUGUUCAAUCCGACCAAAGCUUCCGCCGCUGCCGAGGAAAUCUACAAGAUCUCCGAUGAUGUUCAUGCUUCUCCAAUGGGCGUUUUUUCUCCGGGAUUUAUGAUCGGCGACAAAUUGCGAAGGAUCAUCGAAAAAUAUAUACCCGACGACAUCUCUCCAGCCAAUAAUCGAUUAUUCAUUUCUGUCACACAUUUGAAGACAUGGAAAAAUGAGAUAAUCUCGACAUAUUCGAAUCGCGAAGAGCUCAUCAAUGUCCUAAUGGCUAGCUGUUAUCAUCCAAUGUAUUCCACAGGAAUCGCGGGAAAAGCUCCAGUAGUUCGCGGAGAAUCGUACAUUGACGGCGGCUAUACGAACAAUCUACCGGAAUUCAGCGAUGUUCGCUCGAUCUCGAUUUCGCCGUUUUUGGGCGACGCCGACAUUUGUCCGCCGGACAAAUCGUCGAUGUUCACUGAUGUGAUGAUGAUCGUUUUUAAUCAGAAUUUGAAGCUGAAUGUUGAAAAUAUAAAACGGCUUAUCAAUACGCUAUUGCCGCCGCCUCGAGAUGUUCUCGAGAAAUAUUAUGAAAUGGGCAAACAAGAUGCGACGAAGUUUCUCAAACAAUGGUCAAUGCAUAAUGUGUAG